CAGACCCUCUCAUUUCUUCAUACAAAUCACUCUCAGAAACAUUCGAUCCAAAAUUAUAUCAAAAGAUGGCAACACACAAUGUUCUACUCAAAAACGUUCUCAUGAUUUUCCUCUUCACUUUAACCAUCAUGACAGAAACCGCAUUUUCUCAGAACUGCGGUAAAACCGGUUGUAAAGGCAACAUGUGCUGCAGCAGAUGGGGAUAUUGUGGUACCACAAACGCUUACUGUGGCACGGGAUGUCAGAGUGGACCUUGCAAAUCCAAACCUAAACCUACUCCAACACCCAGCGGUAGCGGCGGUCUAAACGCUGGUCCUCGCGGUACCAUAGCUAGCGUUGUUACCCCAGCGUUCUUCAACGGCAUCAUGAGUAAAGUCGGACGUGGUUGCCCAGCCAAAGGGUUCUACACUCGCCAGGCGUUCAUCGUGGCCGCUCAAUCGUUUGCAGCCUACAAAGGAACCGUUGCCAAGCGUGAGAUUGCAGCCAUGUUGGCUCAGUUCUCUCACGAAUCUGGAAGUUUCUGCUACAAAGAAGAAAUAGCUAGGGGAAGGUACUGCUCACCGAGCACAACGUACCCAUGUCAACCGGGCAAGAAUUACUACGGUCGUGGUCCAAUCCAAAUCACAUGGAACUACAACUACGGUGCAGCCGGGAAGUUUCUUGGACUUCCUCUCUUGAAGGAUCCAGAUAUGGUGGCUCGUAGCCCAACCGUGGCUUUCAAAUGUGCCAUGUGGUUUUGGAACAAAAAUGUGCGUCCGGUUUUGAGCCGAGGAUUUGGAGCCACCACGAGGAGGAUCAAUGGCGGUGAAUGUGACGGUGGACGUCCAGCCGCAGUGCAGAGUAGGGUUAACCAUUACUUGGAUUUCUGCAAGAAGCUUGGGGUCACUCCUGGAACCAACCUCAAAUGUUGAAGACACUACUAGUCAAUGUGGGGUUUCAAGUAUUGAAGUAUGUGUGGGUUAAAGUGUCGAAUAAUAAUCAGAAGUCAUAUACUAUGUUGUGUGUCUUACGGUAUGUAAUGUUGUGUUGUGUUGUGUUGUACCCGCUGUCAUAUAUUAACC